GGAGGAAACGAAGAAGAAGGAGGCGAAGAAGACAAAGAAGAAGGUCAAGGCGUAGGAGAAGGAAACGUAGAAGAAGAACACGAUGUGUGCUGCGUAUACUCUAUCGUCGUCGAUUAAGACCAGUGUAUAGAAGACGAGGUGGACUGGUGAUGCGUGUGCGUAGAAGAUUUGUGAGAGUAAGGUACGCAAGACGAAAGCUGUACAUCAGGCGUAAACGUAGAUGGAUUCUACUGAGGAGACUAACCCGGCGCAUACGUGUACGCGUAGGGCGGUCUUGGAAACCAGUGCGACGAUAUGGCCGCAGACUGUAUUACACCUGGAAAGGCCGAAGAAUACCGAUCAAAUUAACGCGCGGAAUAGUUAGGGUUUACAGAGGAAGAAGAUGGAGACGACUGAUAUACCGAAGAAGGCGGGGAAGAUAUAGGAGAAGAAGGUAUAGAAAGCGUUUCUUGAGAAAACGAAGAGCGAGGCGACAAAGACGCCGACGGAGGCAGCUUAGAAGAAGGCGAAGAAGGCGACGCAGACGACAGCGAAAGAGACGGCGAAAACGGCGUAGGAGACGUCGAAGACGGCGCAGGAGACGUCGAAGAAGACGUGGCAGAUGUGUAUUAUGGUUCCAAUACCGCCGUAGAUGGAGAAAGGUGUAUAAAAAACGCCGAGGACUGAGAAUUAGAGUUGGAAGAGGCUGGAAGCCAUUUAGAUUCAUACGAGGAAAAGUGAGAAUUGGAAGAAAGGUCGUGCGACGAAUCCGUAGAAAGAUCCGCGUCUGGAUCGGAACACGGUGGAGGUUCGUCAAACGGUUCGGCAAAUCCCUACGAGUGAGAUACAGAAGGCUGAACAGGAAGCUGAGAAUCGGCAGAGGAGUGAGAGUACGGAUCGGAAGACGAUGGAGGCGAGUUUAUUAUAGAAAGCGAGGAAGACGAAGGAGACUGAAGAGGAGGUUGAGAAGAAAGAGAAGGCGGUACAGAAGGAAGCUGAGAAGGCGACGAAGAAGGCAAAGACGGCGACGUAGACGGCGCAGAAAGCGUUUGAGAAGAAGACGCAGCUGCGUACUGCGUUUCCGAUUCAGAGGAAGGUGGAGAAGAGUGUACAGGCGAAAUAAGAGUCUAGUUUUCCGUUACGGCAGAAAAUACAAGUAUCUAAGGUAUCGUCGUGGUGUUCUUAUGGUCAGGUGGAGAAGAAAAUUGAUUCGAUUCCGUAAACCUAAUUACCGUCUUCGGGUCAGACUGCGAAGAGGAUGGAGACGUAUCCAGAAACGGGGACGCACAUUACUGAUUAGAUACGGACGGCGGGUUAGAAGAAUAAGAUUGUUUAGAGGAAGAGUAAGCAUUUUCGGGAAACGAGGAUGGAAGGUUAUUAGGAGAGGAGUGAGUAGAAGAACAAGACGACGACGAAGGAUUAUUAGACGAAGGAGAAGAAGGAGGAGGAGGCGAAAGAGACGAAUAAGAAGGUAUAAGAGAAGACGACGACGGCAACGGAGAAUUAGACGCCGACGCCUACGGAGAUGCGUGAUCCGUGUUCGCCGUGGACGUCGCUGGUAUCCUGUUUACAGAACAAGACGCUUAUUAUGGAUACGUUUCGGGAAGAUAUCAAGACGUAUCAGGUAAUGCCCUAAGUGAGCAGGGACCAGGACUUAAUUUAGGACGAGAAUCAACGAAAAUCGACGAAAGUUCAAAUCAUCGCGUAUUUUUGAUCUUCAGCUCGCAUACACUUUCGUCCGGUGCAUCUUGUGCUCUCCCAUCUAAUUUGAACUUUAGGGUACAAGAAACCUUUUGCAAGUUUGACAAGCAGAUGUUACCAAUUUCUGCCUGUGUCCAAUUCGUUUGACCGGUCUUGAUGAAAACUCAUUCCUCGCCCAUGUCGACUUUUGCUCUCGUUAAGUACUGCGUUUACAGUUUUGACCUGAUUUUCAAUCUGAAAUUCGAAUUCUUGCGGUUGUAGAAAAAGACUUUUAGAAGCUCGUACUUUGAAGAUUUGAUUUAAAGCAUUCGUAUCAAAAUUCAUUAACCUGUUCUUUGCUGGAAUGACGUAAAAUAAUAAUACUAUAACGAGAAAGUGCUCUCAACCUUGUGGCUUUCGACAUACUGGACAU